AUGCCACUCCUGAGUCAUGAUGUGCCCUCACUACCAUGGGAAGUUGUCGGCAUGGACUUGUUCUCGUUUGAAGGCCACGAGUUCGCCCUUAUUGUCGACUUCUACUCCUUCUUCUUUGAAAUUCGAGAGUUUCGUACAACAACUGCAAGCUCUCUUAACACGUGGUGUUCUCAAAUUUUCUCGGUCCAUGGCUUGCCUAGGAAGUUGUGCACUGACAAUGGUCCGCCUUUUAACAGCAGCGAGUUUAAGGACUUUCUCAACACCUUGGCUGUUGAUCACAUCACCUCAAGCCCCUAUCAUCCCCGUUCCAAUGGCAUGACGGAGAGAGCGGUUCAGGAAGCAAAAAAGCUGUUAAAGAAGUGUUCCUUUAAAAUGCCUGUGUUUCAAAUGGCAUUGCUUGAAUGGCGCAAUACCCCACGUGAUGAUGUGCUCCAGUCCCCCGUGCAGAGGCUGAUGGGACGCCAGACUAGGACGCUUCUACCAGUACCUACCAGCCACUUGGAACCACGGACAAUUCCCCCUGACGUGGUCCAGGGCCGCCUUCAAGAAAUACGCCAACGACAGAGGACCUACUACAACCGUGGCAGCAGGAACUUGCCGCCUGUGAUGCCAGGUCAGCAGGUCACAGUGUACGAUACAAACCAGCGGACCUGGUCUCCCGCAGUCUUUCUCCGACCAGCCGAUGAACACCGCUCAACGAUCGUCAAGACUGAAGACGGCCGGGAACUUCGGCGCACACGAGAGCACCUCCGCCUGGUAGACCCACAGCCGGAAGCAAGCCUCGUGCCCGAAGACGUAUCUACCACAGAGCCCCCUCAAGAACUACGCAGAAGCACAAGACUUCGACGCGAGCCCUGUCGGUACCCUCAGCAAGAGACACGGUGA